AUAUAUAUCCACACAAAAUGUGUCGGUAUUGCAACCAUGGCGAUACAAAGUCCUACACUUACUCUCCUAAACGAAGAACGUCGUCGUUUUGACGAAACAAAGGCCGGCGUCAAAGGCCUCGUCGACGGAGGCAUCAAAAAGGUGCCUCCGAUGUUCGUACACCCACCGGAAAGUCUAUGUGGCAUCCAUGCCCCGCCGGGCCUCGAUAUCCCGACAAUUGAUCUCGCCGGAGUCGGCGACAACGAUCCUGUCCGACGACAAAAAAUCGUCGAAAAAAUAAGUGACGCUUCCUCGACGUGGGGCAUUUUCCGGGUCAUCAACCACGGCAUCCCGAUGAGCACGGUCGACGAAAUGUUGGACGGGACGAGGAAAUUCCACGAGCUCGGGGUCGAGACAAAGGCGCGUUAUUACACGCGCGAUAGCGUCGAAGGCCUCGCCUAUUGCAGCAAUUUCCACCUUUACCGGCUUCCGGAAGCCGAGUGGCGUGACACGUUCUCGUGCGACGUCGCGCCCGACCCGCCGCGCGCGGCGGACUUGCCGGCGGCGUGCGGGGAAAUUAUGAUGAGUUAUAAGGAUUGGGUGAUGGGUUUGGGGCGACGAUUGUUUUGUCUUAUUGCAGAGGGACUUGGAGUCGAGGCGAACCGGCUUUUGGACAUGGCGUGCGACGAGGGGCUCGCCGUUAUCGGACAUUAUUAUCCGGCGUGCCCCGAGCCCGACCGGACAUUGGGAAUUCGGAAGCACUCGGACAACAAUUUCUUGACGAUUCUUGCACAAGAUGGUUUGGGAGGUCUUCAAGUUGAGUACGAGGAACGUUGGGUCGAUGUCGAGCCAGUACGAGGAUCGUUGGUCGUAAAUAUCGGCAACAUCCUCCAGUGUUUGAAUGUUCGUCAGAUCAUAUCGAAUGACAAAAUGAAGAGUGUGGAGCAUAGAGUAGUAUCGAAAAAUGUUGGUCCGAGAGUAUCAGUGGCGUGCUUCUUCUCGACAGGGAGAAAACACUCGACGAGGGUUUAUGGGCCGAUCGAGGAGCUUGUGUCUGAAGAGAAUCCGGCUAGGUAUCCCGGAAUCACUAUCCACGACUACUUCAAAUGCUACUUGGAAAAUGGCUCAAAUGGCAUUGCUACUUUACGACAUCUUAGAUUAUGAGACGGUGUUCUUUCUUAGAUUGAUUUUUUAAGUUGUAUUCACUACGCCGUUUUUAUGAUUUUUUUAUAAAUAUAUACUUCCUCCGUUCCAUGUAA